GGGGGGAGCUUUUUGGGUGUUGGGGUUUCUUUGGUGUAAAUGCUCCAGGGCCUUUUGGUGUUUUACCUGCUUUCUUGGUGCCUCUUUAGGCUGUUUGUGGGGGUUUUCCUCAAGUUUUUACUGGCUCUGCUGUAAAAAGCUCUGCUGCACCUUCUGCGCCGCAGCUGAAGAUGAAAGAUGAAAUUGCUGCCACGGUUUUCUUCAUCACAAAGCUGGCGAAGAGGGAGGACAAGCUGAGCAAGCACAAAAUGGAGAAGUUUGCAGCGAGGCUGACCACGAUCCUGUUUGAGAAGUACAAAAAUCACUGGUACCUGGACAAUCCAUCCCGAGGCCAAGCCUUCAGGUGCAUCAGGAUCAACCAGCACCAGGCUCGGGAUCCCCUGCUGGAGCAGGCGUGCGCCGAGAGCGACGUGGACUUCAACACGCUGGGCUUGCCCAAGGAGAUGACGCUGUGGGUGGAUCCCUUCGAGGUGUGCUGCAGGUACGGCGAGAGGAGCCGGCCCUUCACCGUGGCACACUUCCAUGGGCGCCAGAACCCCGAGCUGCCCCAGCUGAUCAGCCUGGCCGUGGGCAGGGCAGCCCUGGACUAUCACUCGGGCACCUCCUCGGAUGAGGAGAGCUUCAGCAGGGAGCCCAGGGCCAUCCCCACCGUCAGCAACCCCAACAGCGUCUACCAGUUUGGUGACUUCUGCAAGGCUCCCCCCCAGGCGUGGUGGCAGUACCUGCACAGGAGGCCCCACGUGGCCGAGGGCUCCCACUUUGGCCAGCACAGGGGCUACAGGAGCUGCAAGCCCCCGGCCGCCUUGGCCGGCCCACGCGUGGACAGGUACCACUGGAUCAACACCAGGAGCCAGCUGCUGGUGGUGCCUUGAAGUGUGUUCAGGAGCUUUUGGUGGGAGCACCAGCAGGUGAAGGAAGAUUAAAAACAUCCCCAAGCUGCUUUGAGAGACACUUUGCUCCCUUCUGGCAAAGGUGUAAGGAGCCAAGACCUAAAAAUCACCAGCAGAAAUCUCCAGGGUGUUCAGUGACUCACAAAAAUACUUAAUUUGUGCUGUGCCCCCAUGAAUUUUCUACUGAUGGGGGGGGAAAAAGAGUUUUGAGUGGCUUUGCUCUUCCCUCACUUGUUUUUUGUCUCCCCUAGAGGCUGGGCUGAUGUUUCACAGAUUGGGAAAUAUUGAAUCUUUCAUGUUUUGGGGUUUGGCUCUGGAAUUUGGGAGGAGGAGAGACCGAUUCCCCAAGUUUAAGGUCUUGGACACUGCAUUCCUGGGUGGGUGGCAGCGCAGAGCUGAAAUAAGGCGACUUCAGAAGUUGUUUCAAUGGUGGAAAAUAUUUCUUGCAUUUCGAGUGUGAUUACACAGAUACAAUUAACCCAA